CAUUCAGUUAGUUUCAGCAAUGGUUGGUUACAUUUUAUAUUUUAUUUUUUGGACAAAAUUAUUCAUGAAUUUUAAACUUUUAGUUUUAGAAAUUAGAGAAUAUUAAAAUUUUUCUGUUUAUAUACAGUCCUUUGCUUAGCAGCGAUAAAACGGCCUUAAAUUCAGAGGCGACCAAUAAAAUGAGUCGCUGGAAGCAGGUGAAUCAGGUCCAGCACUAACUAGUAGCAGCGUGAUGGAUCAGGUCCAGCACUAACUAGUAGCAGCGUGAUGGAUCAGUUUUUUUGAAAUCUUAAAUUGUAGUCUCCUCAUCGGAGUAUUCACUGUCUAUCAAUAGAUAGCUAACAGAGGGAACUGCUAGAAAUUUUGGGUCACUUGUUAAUGUUUCCUUGUGAUUGUUGAUGAUCAUGUGAUGAAGCACCUCAUUUUACACAAGAUUUCACAUGUAUAACAUUUUCACAAAAGUUUUUUAUGGUCUGAAGGUUUCUCCUGUAAUUACUGCAAAUCUGUCUUUGGAUGUUGGAAAAAGGUUGACUAAGAUCAACCGAAAUGUUUCAGAAUCCAGAAAAAAACAAAACUUGUGUCUAGCUGAGAUUCUGUAGGCAUUUGCACUUGAUCACAAACAUGUUCAUGAGCCACUCAUAAGAGAAAUACUGAAGCAGAAACUGCUGCUUUGUCCAGCUGUGGUAUGAUUCUGCCUUAACAUAGAUCUAGCAUCUUUUUUACUUUAAAACGUAUAUAAAAAUUAAUCUCUACUUGCAGCACCAUAUUUUGUGCUAAAAGUACCCUAGCAUUUUAUUUUUUUACUCUGCAGUGAUCAAGUGUGACUGUAAAAUUAACGUUUCCUCUUAUACCCGAUGAAAUCCAGCGGUUUAUAUUUCUUCAUCUCUUGGAAAGGCACUAGGGUUUGUGUGAAAAGGGUCCAUAUGCUGCAGACAGACGGAACGAAACAAUAGACCUCAGUCCUGUUGAUAUGUGGUGUGAUUUGAAUGAUUCAUUGACGGACAUCGUGUAGUGGAUUUGACCAAAAUGCUGUUCCAGUCUGGACUGCGCAUUGGCACCUGAUCAGAAACAAAAAACGUUUUAAAUGUGGCUCUACUAGUUACUAAGUUCACAUCGGUUUUACAUUAGAAAUUCAAAGAUUGAUCACUUGAUUGCAAAAGAACUAACAAUAUCAAAAGUACUACGGUGUUAAAUUUCAUGACGGUGCCACACAAAGCGAGAGCAGAAGAACGAAGUGCAGAACACUACAUACGCAUCUACAAAAAAGAAAGCUAAAUUGCUUUGCCUGAUUAAUGUAGGUGAUGUAUGUAUGAAUAGUCUGAAUGAUGUGGAACCAGGCAUAAAUUUCAAUUCACAUGUAUUUGAAUAGUGCUUUUUACAACACACAUUGUUUCAAAGUUGCUUUACAGUUUAACCGAUUACAAUCAAGAAACCAGAAAAAAAUCCUUGAUGAGGUAUUAGAGAAAAACCUUGUUUCUGAGCUUCAAACAUCAUCAGGAAGGCUAUUCCAGAGUCUAGGAGCCAAAUUAGAGAAAGCUUUAUAUAGUGGACUUCGAUCUCCUCUGUACUAUCAAUUGUCCAGAAUGUUGUGACCUUAUAGAGUGUGAUGGGUUGUAGUGCAGUAGAAGAUCAGUUAUAAACAAAGCAGCCAGACCAUUUAGGGUAUUGUAUGUAUAAGUAUUAUUUAUUUAGAAAAAUAUUAUUUAAUAUCAAUCCAGAACUUAACAGUUAUCCAAAGUAAACGAUGCAAUCGGGGUGAUAUGAAUGAAUGAAUGAAUGAAUGAUGCAUUUAUAUAGCUCUUUAUUGUGCAUUGUACACCCAAAGCGCUUUACAAUCAUGUGGUGGGGGGGGGCAUUCUCUCCUCAACCACCAGCAGUGUGCAGCAUCCACUUGGAUAUAUGAUUAUAUUUUCUUGACCUGGUAAGAAUGCCAGCUUGUUUACUGAGGAUGCAGGAAAACCACCUAAUAUUUCAUUACAGUAAUCCAGUCUAGAUGCACGAACAGGCUUUUCGAAUGGUUGUCAUCCAGUUUGAUCUGUGACAGAAAAUCAUUAAGGUCUGAAAAAGACUGUUCUGUAGUUUUUCAUUAGUCACUUUAAAUUAUUAAACGUUUGUUCAUUAAAGAUGUUUGUCAGUGUAUUUGUUUUGAUCACACUUUAGCAUCGUCGUUGCCAAACUACAUGGAUCAAAAACUGUGUUUUUGCAACUAUAAGUGCUUGUUUGCACAUGACCAUUGUUUAAAAAUUAUGAAUUAACUUUGCUCUUAGGAAGAACAGCACACUGUUAAAAAAUGGAGCAAGUAUUUUCCAAACUGACUCUAGAAAACAUUUUCAGAGGAAACUACUAUUAAGGAACAAAAACAAUACUAACACUUGGAAAACAAAUAUGAUAUUUUACAAUCACCGUAAAGCUACGUGUCACCUCAGUGUUCAUAAACGCUUCUUACUAGACUUCCGAUACAUUAGGCAUCUGUCAUGAAACAAUAACGGAACAUAUUGUGAUGAAUCAUUGAUAAAUCAGUUCUUAAGACUCUCGAGCAGAGAAGCGCGCCGCCUGCAGGACAAGCCGAGCACUGCAGGUCCAGGCGGGGAGGGGAGAAUCAAGCCGAUUAACGGUGGAAAAACGCAGCUUUGUCUGUUUACAUCGGUGUUUUCUAGGUAGAUGUCUGUUAUAGCUGAUUUACAGAGGCAGUAUUUCGUAAGCUUCAUGAAUAAACCCGAUGGCGACCGAAUGCAACCAAGAAGCGAUUUUAUAUUUCAUAAAGGAGAGAGGAGGUCGCGUGAAAAACGUGGAUUUAAUGGAUCAUUUUCGUGCGACAAUGCCCAAAGAUCCUAAAUUAAAACAAGUGGCAAAGGAAGACUUUAAACGGUACGUAGACAGCGUGGCUUACGUUAAAGAGGAAAAUGGCGAGAAAUACGUUUGCCUUAAAAAGAAAUUUAGGAAACCAUCAGGUUCAAGCGAGAAGAGUGACAGAAAGAGUCCAGCUGAGGAGCGCAAAUCCCGCGGAGAGCCCAGAAACCGCGUGUCCUCCGAGGCCCGUGCAGGAGCAGAAGGGAUGUUACCUGGCUCAGGUUACGGAACUGGUAAUGCAGGAGGUGCACAAUCACAGCCGGAUAUUUCUGUCAGAUUUCCAGAGGGUGUAAACAGCAGAACAGAAUCUGAACUCAUGGGGAAUUCAAGAAGCAGCACGAUGGAGGACAAACCUGCUGCAAAUAUGAAAAUAAAUCAAGCACAGGCGGCAGAGAAAGGUCCAAGACCCGAGAUAUCGGCGUGUAAUUCGGUAUGUUUACAGAGAGAUCCGACUCACAGUUCUGAAGUGAAAGACGAAUCACAGGAAGAGGCUGGGAAAGAAAACAGACCUCAGCGCCCGAGACUUCGGCAGAUCGAUGAUUUGACAGAUGAAGAGCAGCCGGACUCCAUCAGCAACACUCCGAAGAACAGCCGCAAACACGUGAACAGUUCACCGCAGGCGCUCUGGGGCAGAUGCAGAGACGGUCCGCGGGGCGACAGCGACUGUGAGGCGGCCGCGGCGACGCUCGAGCCGCUGGAGCACGAGUGGAUGAUGUGCGCGUCUGACGGACACUGGGAGAGCCUCCAGCGCCUGCUCCUCACAGACCCCAGCCUCCUCACGAGGAGGGACUUCGUGACGGGAUUCACCUGCCUGCACUGGGCUGCGAAGCUCGGCAAACACGAGCUGAUUGUAAUGCUUGUCAACUUUGCCAAAGAGCAUCAAGUCGCUGUGAACGUCGACGCGCGUUCCAGCGCGGGAUACACGCCUCUGCAUCUGGCUGCGAUGCACAGUCAUCUCGAGGUCGUCAAAUUGUUAGUCGGAGCGUUUGACGCCGACGUGGAGGUGCGGGAUUACAGCGGGAGAAAAGCGUGUCAGUACCUGAAGAGCGACAUUUCGCAAAACAUCCUGGACAUCGCGGGCGCGUGCGUGGAGUCUGACGCAGACAGCGUGGAUGCUGGAGACGCGACGCGCUGGAGAUUGUCGAGAGUUAUUCAGUCUAACUUCAGGCCUCUGAAAACUCAGAACUGCGGCGAAGAGGACUUAACCAAACACAAAUCUCUCCGCAGGAAAUCUUCCUUUACUAAAAUGAAACCCAGUCUCAAUAAAAUCCGCAUGAGGUCGCAGAUAGUUCACAGCACUUCUCUCCUUGACAGAUUUGAGAAAGAUACUACAGAAGAGUCUCCAAACCUCUUAAGACCCAAAUCAAACCUCUUUGGAUGAAUAUCUGCAGCUUUCAAAUACAUUUGACACUUUUGUUUAUCUCUUGCACAAAAUGUGUUUUAUAGUCUUCCAAAACACAACCAUGGUGUGAUAUUAUUUCUCUUCCUUCAGGUGUUGUGAAGAUAAUAGCUGAACACAACGUACAGUAUGUAAAACCUUUCUUUUAAGGGAGGCUGUAAAGUCUUUUGAAUUCUGAAUAAAGCCGAGUUACAGACAACUGACUUUAGUUUAGAAGAAACACUGUUACAUUUUUAUUUAUUUUUUUUGUCCUGAAUUACUGGUUUUGUUUUGUUAAACUAAAUUGUUUGUAAAUAACACCCACUGACAUUAGAAGAGUAGCUGUUACUUACUGUUGAGUGUCCUGAAAAUAGUGGACUUGUGUUCAUAUAUCUAUUCUAUGUCUUCAUGUAUUUGCGUGUGGGUUCUCUGGGGCUUUUCCAGCAAGUGAUUUGUGAUGCAUAAUUUGGUCCCACUUUAUAUCAGGUGGCCUUAACUACUGUGUACUUACAUUUGAAUUAAUCAUUUGAUACAAUGCACUUACUGUGUACAUACAUGUUUUACAUUGUACUUAUAUUUUUAAAAAUACCUAUAUGUGAUUACAUCUGUAAUUAAUUUCUGUAAUUACAUUUAUAAUUACACUGUUGACCCAUCCCUUACACCUUAACCCACCCUUAAACCCACCCAGACCACCAAACCUGCCCCUAACCUCCCCGUAUCCCCUCAAUAGCAGCAAUAGUGUUUUGCAGUACAGUAUGAACACAAUAAGUACAUUGUACUUAUUUUUUGAUGUAAGUACAUAGUAGUUAAGGCCACCUAAUAUAAAGUGUAACCCAUAAUUUUUUUACAGUAAAUAGUUUUGAAAUACAACUCACCCACCAGACAGAUCUGAUGCUUAAAGGACCUUUAACAUUUUUUGCUGAUAUGUGAGUAAAGUGAAUAUCGUAUGUAAUAAUCAAAUAGUAGAGUAUUUCCUGCACUUUUGAUUUUUAGUGUUCUGAAGACCUCUGCUGUCAUGCACUUGCAGGCUUUAUUUCACAGAAGAAUAUUGUGAUCAGUGACACCUUUGCCAAAAUCAUUGAAAUAUAACGAUGGAAACUCGAAUACUGGAUGUACUGUGUUCAUGAUCAUUUUAAGAUAUGAUAUUCAAGGGCUGUGGAACAAUGUUUAUUAUUUAUUGUUUAAUUAUUUUUAUAUUUCUUUAAAGUGGUCAUGACAUAAAGAUUCAUGUUUUUCUUGCUCCUUGAGAUAUAGUGUUAUAUUGUACUAAAUCUGUAUAUUUCAGAAUUUAAAAUUUUCUCCUCCCAGCAAAAAGUAUGUAUUUAUACUAACCUGCAAAAAAUAACCCAUUCUAUAUUUGCAUUACAUUGCCGCCUCUCUUUAUCGCCUGCGUAUCUCGCAUACGGAUGGAGCAGGACAAACACUGUCCUCACAGACUGAAAGAACAUUGGAUCAUACUCGUUUGGGGCAUAUACAUUUAGUAUGGAUACUUCGUUUCCUCCAGCAGUCCCAACCACCAUGACAUAACGACCUGAUUUGUCCUGUAUCACCUUCUCUGCAUUAAAA